CUAUCCUUUGAGUAAACGGUUGCAGGAAACAGUCGAAAAUCCCGCUGAAGGUGCAACAGGAUCGUAAGCAAAGUUAGGUAGCAGUCGUAACGCGUGUGUACACAAUCAGUGACGUUCCGAUAAAAAUUUUAUUGAAGUGACGCAUCAUUAAACGAAUUGACUAUUGAUUACACUGAUCGAUCGUCAGACACUGCAAAAUGGCUUUCCCUACCGACGACGUAUUGAAAGAGGUAUCAAAACUCGAACCUGUACAAAAGAUGCGAGCGUCUGUACAAUCUGCAGUAAAAUACGGAGCAAUGAUCGGAGCGAGUGCGAUUGCUGGCGGUAUAAUCGCUGGGCCUGUAGGUCUCGCAGUAGGUGGUAUAGUCAGUAGUUGCCUAGCUGGUAAAGCGUCAUGUGGACAACUCCAAUCAGUUCCAUACAUUAUUAUGAACGAAUUGACGCAUGAGCAGAGGAGGGAAUUAGCAGGGAGAAUAACUAACCUACUCGAAUCGCAACAUGUAACAACGAUUCGCGAUAUUGUUCUUUCCGCGAGCAGCAACGCCGACUUGCAAGCAGCCAUAGUUCAAAUAUUGAUAAUGUUUUUGUCAUCGGAAUUAGGUAUGUGUAUCAAAACGUAACCAAAAAGUACAAAUUAUAAAUAUAGUUCAUUUUACUUUUAUAUUAAAUCUUUUUAACUUCAAUUAAAUAUAAAUUUUAAUCUAUAACUGAGUUGAAUAAUCGAACUUACUGUGUGACAAAUUUUAAAUAAAAAUGUAUUUGAAAAGUUUGACGAAGUCAUACUUACUGUGAACAAAACCAUACACUUACCAUGUAAUGUAUUUAAUGAAACCAUACUUACUGUCUAGCGUGAACAAUAAAAAACGACAAUGAACAUAAGAAAAGUACGAUAUCAAUAAAUAGAUUUAUAUAUUUUAUA